AUAAAGUGAACUGAUGAUAUGUGUAUAUAAAAUAGGUUGCAUUAGGUAUCAUGGGGAUUAGUGUGAUAGUGACCUUGUUGCUAAGUGCAAAAGCAAAACAAUGACAUAAAAACAAGUAGGCUAGGCACUCAGUGGAGGAGAGAGAUGGAGGCAGACGCUGCAGGAAAAAAAAAGCUGAGUAAAAGGGGCCUUUGAUUCCACAGGCACAAAAAUCCACAGCCAGGAAUUUGCUGCCACCUCUGAGUCAGGCAGGGGGUGGGGGUGGGGAACACCAUUCCUUUAGAGAAUGCCCAGUGGAUUUAGUCUGAGUGUCACAUUUCUUAUUUGGAACAGUGUAGAUAGAAACAAACUCAGCUCACUUGUUUUCCUGGGACAGUUGAGUUAGGGGAUGGCUUUCGCAGAGCACUCACCGCUGACCCCUCACCGUCGGGAUCUCUGUAGCCGCUCCAUCUGGCUAGCAAGAAAGAUUCGUUCAGACCUGACAGCGCUUAUGGAAUCUUAUGUGAAGCAUCAGGGCCUGAAUGAGGACAUGGACCUGGAUUCCGUGGAUGGUGUGCCAAUGGCAAGCACUGAUCGGUGGAGUGAGCUGCCUGAGGCAGAGCGACUCCUAGAGAACCUCCAAGCUUAUCGUACCUUCCAUGGUAUGUUGAUCAGGCUUUUAGAUGACCAACGGGUGCAUUUUACUCCAGCUAACAGUGACUUCCAUCAAGCAAUACAUACCCUUCUACUCCAAGUUGCUGCCUUUGCUUACCAGCUGGAGGAAUUAAUGGCGCUCCUGGAACUCAAGAUCCCCCCCAGUGUGGCUGAUGAGAUGCCUGAAAUUGUUGGAGAUGGUGGUCUGUUUGAGAAGAAGCUGUGGGGCCUAAAGGUGCUGCAAGAGCUUUCCCAGUGGACAGUGAGGUCCAUCCAUGACCUUCGUGUCAUUUCUUCUCAUCAGACUGGGAUCUCAGCACAUGGAAGCCGCCAAAGCCUCUUCACAUCCUUUCAACAUAUAUGGUGUCAGUAUCAUGGCAUCUGGUGCUGCCGCUGGAUUCCAGCAAGGUACCUUCUUGAGCCUUUGGUGCUCUGUCAGCUUCCUGACUGCUCCUGGAUUCCAGUGACUUAAAUGAAAUUAUCUUGGCAAAGGGCAAAUUCUAAAUACUCAGUAGGUAUGAACCAUUCUUCUUCUUAAUAUUUGAGUCAUGUGACUUUCAGCAAGUCCUAUAACCUUUCUGAGCCUCAGUUUCCUCAUCCACAGCAUGAGAGCUACAUCUACUUUGUGAAGAUGAAGUGAGAUGCUAUUGUAAAGGUAUCUGCAUGCAGAGGAAGUCUCUAUGAAUGGUACUGACCACAAGUCUGGAGAAGGCUGAGGAAUGUCACCAGUCUCUACUGUGCCCACACCAGACCAGCAGGGACAGCCAUCUCAACUGUCGCGACAUUAUUUGGAUUUCAAUUGCCUCAUCCUCUCAGGACUCAGAGUUCGCCCCAAUGCCAUCUCAUCAGUAUCCUGAUAUAUUCCAGUUUGUAGCUAGCGUUGAAACCCCAGGAAGUAACAUGACUCACUUAGAUCGCCCAGGUCAGGAAGGUGGGUUCUUGUCCACACUGUGAGGCACCUAGGUCUCUCUUAGUGCCUUCAUAAUUAGCUCACACAGCAAGAGGCUCAUUUGGACGAGGUCUUGAUAGGGGUACAGGGUAGAAUAAAAAUACGAUUUUAAAAUUUCCUUUCUCUUUCCUUUCCCACCCUUUUACUAAGAACAUGUAAUUGAUUAAUCAACAGUAUAUAUUUAACCUAUGUUCUGGCUAAGAUUUUGUUGCAGUUCUCAGUUGACAGGCAGGAGCAAAAAGAUUUUUAACCCAGCCCUGAACUUACACAACUAGCUACCAGGAAUAUGGAGGCUGAUCGAUUAGGACUCAGAAACACCUGGAUGCUGCACACCUGAUCACCGCCUGACCAGUUUCACCAUCCUGUUCCAGGCACCAAUAAUAAAGACAUUCAUCAAGCCCAGACCCCCACAGGGACUCAAAUUCCAGGGCUGCAAACCACCAGAAACCCCCUUAUACUCCCUCCCCAC